AUGUUUAAGAAAGCCGUGAAAGAACAUCCGGCGGCCACGUCUAAGCCCCUCCAGUCCAAUCUCCUUCGUACAAACUCCAUUGUCUCAUCCAACCCUUUGCCACCCCAAUCUGCCGGGAUCAAACGAAAAAUCGAGAUGACCACUGCAGAGUCCGCACUGGGUUCUCUCCAUAGCGCCGUCUACUUUGAUGAAAACGACUUUGAUGAUGACCUAGAUCUCGACAUAGACGAACCCAUGCCAUUCACCUAUACGGCACCAAAUACUUCGAGUGAAUUGAAGCCAGACACAAUUUCAUACCCAGUCAUCGAUCUGACUGGUAACAAGCCUUCAGAUAUCACGUACCCGGAACUGCCACCGGCCUCACAUGAGAUAGCUCCUCCAAGUAGUAUUCCAAUCCCAUGGUCAUCUUCUCCGCCGUCCCAUCGUCAGCCUCCCAAACCACAGCCAAAACCGCGCAAUCUACCAUGGGCGAUCGAAGAAAAGGAGGAGUCAAGUCGUGAAAAGAAGAUCAGUACAGCCACAACUAAGCGUCCGAAGCCAUCUGACCUUUGGAACAAGACUGAGAGUGCGAUCAAGGAAGGUCAAAAAGAGCUUAGGCAGGAAUAUAAGAAAAAUCAAAAAGGAGGCGCCCCUGUGAAACGAUUCGAGGAGGAGAAGGUUCAUAAGAUUUUCCUUAGUGACGAGCAGAACAAUGUUCUCGACAUGGUUGUCGAUGGUGGAAAGAGCAUCUUCUUCACUGGUUCGGCAGGUACGGGAAAAUCGGUUCUGAUGAGGGAGAUCAUCAAGAAGCUUCGAAAUAAGUUCAGACGGGAACCAGAUCGGAUUGCAGUGACAGCAUCCACAGGUCUUGCAGCGUGUAAUAUAGAAGGUGUCACCCUUCACAGUUUUGCUGGUAUUGGUCUCGGUAAAGAGCCUGUGCCAGAACUGGUUAAAAAGAUCAAAAAGAACCAGAAAGCACGAAACAGAUGGCUGCGCACCAAGGUUCUUGUGGUUGAUGAAGUUUCCAUGGUCGACGGUGACUUGUUCGACAAGCUCGAAGAGAUUGCUAGGCGUAUUCGAAACAAUGGCCGCGCUUUCGGUGGUAUUCAACUCGUGGUGACUGGUGAUUUCUUCCAGCUGCCGCCUGUUCCAGAUGGAAGUAACCGCGAGGCAAAGUUUUCGUUUGCCGCGCAUAGCUGGCCCACUUCUAUUCACCACACCAUUCUUUUAACGCAUGUCUUCCGUCAACGAGAUCCUGAAUUUGCAGGAAUGUUGAACGACCUGAGACUGGGCAUCAUCACCCCAAAGACGAACGAAGCCUUCAGAAAGCUUUCCCGCCCACUUAAUUUCCACGAUGCGCUAGAGGCCACCGAACUGUUUCCAACUCGUAAUGAAGUGGAGAAUGCCAAUUCUGCUCGCAUGAGCCGCCUGUCUGGAGAAAUGAUGACAUUCAAUGCAGUGGACUCGGGAACCAUCCAGGACCCUGUACACCGUGAAAGACUGCUAGCAAACUGCAUGGCUCCGCCAAUGAUUAAUCUCAAGAAGGGUGCACAGGUGAUGUUGAUCAAGAACAUGGAGGAGACUCUUGUGAAUGGCUCCAUCGGACGAGUUGUUGCGUUUAUGGACGAGGGCACCUUCGAGACAUACCGCAUGAAGGAAGACGAAUUUGCAACAGACGAGGCCGACAUAGAUAAUGAUGACAGCAUAGAACGCGCACGAAAGAAGCUCAAGGCUAUGGCCCACACCCCAGGUGGAGUGACAGUGACGCGAAAGUGGCCGCUGGUAUGCUUCGUCCAGCCUGAUGGAACUGAAAGACAUCUACUCUGCCAGCCAGAAGCUUGGAAAAUAGAACUUCCCAACGGUGAAGUGCAAGCUCAGCGCCAGCAAGUGCCGUUGAUUCUGGCCUGGGCCCUGUCAAUCCAUAAGGCUCAAGGCCAAACCCUUCAACGAGUUAAAGUCAAUCUGGGCCGAGUCUUUGAAAAGGGACAGGCUUAUGUGGCUCUGAGUCGAGCAACUUCUCAGGCUGGUUUGCAGGUUACUGGGUUUGAGCCACGAAAGGUGAUGGUACACCCGAAAGUGAUAGAGUUCUAUAAAAACCUUGUGUCGGUCAACCAAGUCCUGAAGCCUAAGAAAACCAAGGCUAGUAAGACUGUGGAUGAUUUCGAUGAUGACUGUUUUGAUUGA